AUGUGGUCACAAGAAGAUGAUAUUAGAAAGCCACUGUUGAAUAACAGUGGUUUUCCAUCUGAUUACGAACAACAAAGAGAGUCUGGCUCGGGAUCAUAUCGUAGCGGCAGCGGCAAGUCAACGUCGAGAAAAUGCAAUGACAUUCUAUUUUUGAUAUUGUUUGUCGGUGUGCUCAUCGGUAUGGGUAUCGUAUCGGGCAUUGCCUACAAGCGUGGUGAUCCAUCGCAAUUGCUACCAUCGAACGAGUACAUCGACCAUCUCGGUAACAGCACCGAGGGUAUCAUCGUCAGCGGUGUGCAAGACGCCGUCGCACAAAUGCGUAAAAACAAAGACGUACUCAUCUACUCUGUUGCCAUCUCCAUCGUCGUCGCAGCCGUCUGGAUGGAACUCCUCAAAAACUUUACUCGUCUCUUUAUCUACCUCACUCUCUGCAUCGGUGUAGCACUCGUCAUCUGUCUCGGUGCACUCUUUAUCUACUUGGGUCACAAAGAAGGAAGUGAAAGUACUAUGAUUGUUGGUGGAUGUGUGAUUGCAUUGUCAGCACUGUUGAUUGCAGUCAUUCUGUAUUUGAGAAAGAGUAUCGAUUUGACAUGUGCAAUGUUCACAGAGACUUGUCGUGGAGUACAAAGAUCACCAACUGUUUUCGUUGUUGGAUUCAUUAUUAUCUUGUUCUUUGUUGGAUUCAUUGCUUAUUGGACAUCGUCGUUGAUCUACUUGUUCAGUAUUCCGGGACACAACAUCGAGUGGGGUAGCAACAGUAGCGAUAGCAACGAACUGCCACACUUUGACACAAAGAUUCGUAACUUGAUGUUCUUUAUGAUCUUUGGUUUCUGCUGGGUCACCAGUUUCAUCUCGGCCGUCUUCCAACACGUCGUUGCCGGUGCCGUCUCACACUGGUACUUCUCGCGUGACCCAACCGGACAAACCGAAGUCGGUUCACAGAAUGCAUUCGGUUCGCUCGGUCGUGCACUCUCUACCUCACUCGGUUCACUCGCAUUCGGUAGUCUUAUCAUUGGAUUCAUCGAGUUCUUUGAGUGGAUGCUUCGUAUCUCCAAGAAGGUCAACGCCGAAAACAAACUCGUCGUAAUGCUCCUCUCCUGUGUCCAAUGUAUUUUGGGUUGCAUCGAAGGAAUCGUCAAGUGGAUCAACAAAUUCGGUUAUAUCUAUGUUGCUAUGCAUGGAUAUAGUUUCUGUACAGCAACAAAAUCAUGUUUUGAAUUGAUUCAAAGACAGAUGUUCUCAGCUGUUAUUAUGGACUUUAUCGGUUCAUUUGUAUUAUUAUUGGGCAAAUUCUUGGUGUGUGCAGGAACUGCUUUGUUCUCAUCGUUGAUUCUCUACUGCACCGGUCGUUCUCUCAAGGAGAACGCUCUCACCGUUGGUUUGGCAGCACUGUUUGCCUUUUGUAUCGCAAAUAUCUUUACACACAUCAUCGGUAUCGGUACAGACACUAUCUUUGUCUGUUACCUCGAGGAUCUCGAAGUCAACGGUCCAUCGAACCUCUUUAUCUCCAAUGAUCUCCACGAUCUCCUCCAAGAGAAAUGUAACGAAACCAAAAAGAAAAAUGAUUCAAAUUAA